GAUAAAAAGGGCUGGCACAAAUACUUGGAGUGCCACUGCAUAUAAGGCUGUGGCUCAGGGCUUGGCACACAUUUUGGCCCAGAAGGUACCUGCAACGAGUCAACAUGAUGAGAGUUUUGGUUUUUCUUGCCUGUGUCGCUCUAUUGGCAAUGGCUGCACCUCCUCAGGAGAAAGGCAUCUUUAUUAACCUGGAUAAUGGUGAGCUGUGCUUUCAAAGUGCUCAGUGCAAGAGCAAAUGUUGCCACCGACAUGAUGGAUUGAGCCUGGCACGCUGUACCUCCCGAGCGGCUGAGAACCAAGAAUGCUCUCCUUUGACUCUUUAUGGCACGUACUACCGAUGCCCCUGUGAGAGUGGCCUGCACUGUGACACAGACAUCACAAUUGGAGGCUCCAUCACCAAUACCAACUUUGGGAUCUGCAUUGACCGUAACGAGAAAUCCAUCAGUGAUUGACCGAGAUCCUGACACUGGUGCCAAUCUUCAGAAAUGUAAUCAGAACGACUCCAAAUAUAUCUUAACAGACCUCACCCUUAUACUCACCUUCAAAUGGCAAACUGUACUGAACAGGAAAAAAACAAUUAAAAUGAAAACUGCCCGAGACAAUCUCUUUCUUAUCUGUAAAUCAACUAAUACUAAAAAUAAAAAUCAGCAUGUGGUUAGCCUCUGGUUGUGUGUCUCUCCAAUUGUCUAAUAAAGUCAAGUGAUGUACCCUGCA